UUUAUAGAUAUUCUUGAUCUCUAUGAAUGGUUGAGUUUAGACAUGGUUGGAUAAUUGAUAGAAGUUCAAGUCCUUUUAUAAUAAAUUUUCAACUGGUACUAUUUUUGGGAUCCACCUAUUGAAAAAGAAAGCUCUGCGUCUGGCAGUUUCCCCAUGAGCCUUCUAAAGCACGCAGAUAACCCUUUCGUGUAGCUCCUUCCAUACCCACUGCGCCCAAAACCCUCCAAAUCGCAUUGUUCAGAAUUAAAGCCAAAACAAAUCUGCGCUGAAAGGAAAAGUUUCUUUUUUUCCAACGGUUUGGAGAUCUCGGAAAUAAAAACCUUGAGCCAAUUCGAAACAAUAACACCAAAAAUAAACACACAACGAGACGAGAAAAGGAUGGCUAACCACUGGAUUAUACUGGGUAUUUGAUCUAAUAUAAUGACAUCCACCAAUGAACACAACCACUUUAACCCAUCCACACUUGCCCAUAUUCCAAAUUCACACUCUGAAAACACCCCCGUGGUUGUGCAAAAAAAAAAUUAACCUGCUUUUUCGCGCCCAGUGGUCAAUCCCCAUGAAGAUAGAAAUGGCGAGUACAAAAUCCAUGGAGUUAUACUCUGCGAUAAACAACAAUCUGGCCAGCGAAAAACAUGGGCAGACUCGCACUGCAAAAGAAACUCGGUGGAGCAAUGAGGAAUAUGUUUCAUCCCCAAACAAGCAACUGUGUACAUAUGCUACAAUUAAUUCCUGUGGGAAAAAUUUUCACAUCGAUUUAUUGACUCAA